AUGUCAGUGAAAGAGGCCCUAUGUAUUGUGUCGAAAGUGUUCGAAGGGAACAAGAAGGAUUUAAGAGAAUUUAUCGAAAAUGUAGAUGCAGCUUUUGAAUUAGUAAAGCCUGAGGAACACGAAAUGUUAUUGAAGUUCGUGAAAGCAAAGAUAACCGGUGAGGCCAGGUCGAGAUUGCAGGUGCGUGAACGCACAGGUACGUGGCAAGAGGUGAAACACGUUUUAGAAGAAAAUUAUGCCAGUAAGCGUACUAUAGACUACUACGCAUGUAAAAUUUUCCAAGCCAGACAGGGACAAGGGGAACCGAUAGCAAUGUGGGCAAGCAGAAUUGAUGAAAUGCAGGGAGACUUUCGCGAAGCGGUAAACAGAGUUACGGCCAGAGAAAACUUGAAAGGUGCAAUAGAACUAGUUGACUCCUUAGGAAGAGCGUGUUUUAUACAGGGUUUAAGUAAUGACAGAAUACAAACAAUAGUGAGAAGUAGAGGCGAUGAAAUCACGUUGGCAGCAGCAGUGGAGUUGGCACUGCAGGAGGAGAGUGCGAUAUUGUCCAUGAGAGAGCGGGGACUAGCCCCGAGGAUAACGUAUACUCGAAAUAAGGAAGCUGUAAAAAACAUGAGAGAAAGUAAAGAGUUGAGAUGUUUCAAUUGUGGGCUGAGAGGUCACAUAGCGAGCAAGUGUAGGAAAAGCAGGCCAGAGCAUAGAGUACGAGCCAUGACAGGGUGGCAGCAGGAGAAAGGAGGUGGCACGGAGGUCGAUGAUCUCGGUUAG